AUGUCUUCAACCUCCGCCUCCAUCCACGCCAGCUACUUCGAUCGCUUUCCUGCUUUCACUCAAUACCCCCGUCGCAGCAUCAGAAAUGAGUUCAACCGCCUUGCGAAGACGCAGAACUGGCAGCCGGAAGAAAUGAAGCAUCAGAGAGCGACCUGCUAUAACGAAGAGCUAGAAGGUCACUAUGCCUCACUUCACAUCCACGACAAGCACGAACGCCUCAAGCACCUGAGCGUUGAACUCGAGAUCGAGCCUUUGGAUACAUUCAUCGAGUGCAAGAAGGCACUCAGAAAACUCCAUGUCAACCUCGUCGACCUGAUGGAUGCGCGCCGCAUGGACAAGAAGGUCCAUCACUUCAACUCGCUCAAGGAGUUGAGCAUCUACUCAAGGAAGACCAAGAAGAUUUAUCCCCAAGAUGACGCCGAAGGCACUGUCGUUGAGGUCUUGUUGAGACACAUCAGCAACCCUUCACGUGCCGCAAAGUGA